AUGACAGUGGAGGAGCUGGAAGGUUUUUUUAAAUUGACUCUUGUGAUGGCUGGAAAUGAGAUCCAGCUGGUAUUUGGCCGGAACCCCGUGUCCGGGGGCGGUCGGGGCGCGGACGCAAUAAGGCGACGGACCGAGGGGGGCGCAAAGGCGGCUCCUCGGGCGCCUCAGGGCAAGAUGGCCGCCGACCGGAAGCCCGUCGGGGAGGGAUUAGGGCGGGGGACGCGCGACUUCCGGUCGGCGGCCAUGUUGUCCCGCGUGGGGGCGUCUCGCGGCCUGCGCCUCGUCGUCGUCGUCGUCGCCGCCGCCGGGCGCUCGGCCCCUCAGGGCCUCCUCAGGUCAGAAAAUGAAAUUCAAAGGUACUUUGGCACACACAGCGUGUUCUACAGCAAGAAGGAUGAACCGUCCACUCUUCCGGGCAACGGUACGGAAAAAGCUUCCGAGAGCCAAGAAAAUUUGAAGAAGGUCUCAAAGGAGAAUCCAAAGGAGAAAUUGAUAAAUAUUAUAAAAGGCAUGAAAGUUGAAUUAGGUUCGAAGGUGGUAUCCCAGAGAGAAAAAAAUCAGCUGACCAGUGCACAAAGCAGGAAACUGAUUCAAAAUGUGGAGCGUGCCAGUAGCAUGUACAAAAAAGCCAGAGAAGGUGCCACACUUAAGAGGGACCUCCCACUAAGUCCAGAUUUAGUGGUUGCUGCAACUGCAGUUGCUGAUUCCCUUCCUUUCGACAAGCAGACGACAAAAUCAGAGUUACUCAGGCAACUGAGGAAGCACGAGCAAGAGUCUAAAGAACAGGCGAGACAAGGGGAAAGCAGCUCGAUAAGUAAUAUAAUUGCCGACAUGAAGAUUUCCAAACCUUCUAGCUCCCGAAAUUAUAUGAGGCCAGAUCAUCAAAUUCAGUUUGACGAAGGUCAUGGGUAUUUGCUUCAAAAGGAGAUGGCAGCUACCCGUGGGCAAAGGAAGGGAUUAUAUAAAGGGAAGAGCCUGAAUAUUUUCCCCACUCCUGAGGAAACUCCCAAAGAAGAAUCUGAAGCAGUGGCAUCCCCCACUCUUUGGGACUUGGAAUUUGCCAAGCAGUUAGCAACGGUAGAUGAACAGCUUCCCCGGAAUGGUUUUGAGGAGAUGAUCCAGUGGACAAAAGAGGGAAAAUUAUGGGAAUUUCCCAUUAACAACGAAGCAGGUUUUGAUGACGACGGUGCUGAUUUUCACGAGCAUAUAUUUCUGGAUAAAUACCUGGAGGAUUUCCCAAAGCAAGGACCGAUUCGCCACUUCAUGGAACUAGUGACCUGUGGGCUGUCUAAAAACCCCUAUUUGAGUGUUAAGCAAAAGGCCGAGCACAUUGAGUGGUUUCGGAACUAUUUCCAUGAAAAAACAGAUAUCCUUAAGGAAAAUGACAUUCAGUUCAAUUGAGAAACAUGGGAGGCACUCUUAACCCUGAUGGUAGAGAUGGGAAUUCUUGAAGCCAAACCUUUUUUCUGUGUUUUUUUCCGCCGUAGGCGCAAUUUGUGGUGAAUAACUGUGGAACCAGAUUUGCCUGACAGAUGUUAAAUUGUAUAAAAGAUCUAAUGUGAGAGCUGAAAAAUAUCCUUGCAUAUACCAGAGGAAAAAGUCCUAGUAAAUUACUGAUUGCUUAAA